AUGGACAAUCUUCUGAAAACCCUGCUGGAAUUGGAUGAUGGUGUGGGACUCAUUAAUAUGGAUAUGAUUUCUGAUAUCAGCUGGAAAUUUGAAGAGGACAAGUUUGAACCGAAUCAGGUUCUAUCGCAUCACAGUUUCUUACCAGCAUCAUCCUUUGAGCUGUUCUCUCCUUCUCCAUCUCGUCAUCCAGAGUCUAGAAACGGCGUACCUGUGGGCACUCACUUCAUGCAAUCCUCGCCACAAAUAUGGGCCACUGAUUCGAAGGGAAAAUCAUCUCGCAGGCUCCAAGAACUGCCCAAAGCAAAGGUGUCAGGUAAACGCCGGAUGAAAGCGAGCGAGAGAGAAAAACUGAGAAUGAGGAGGCUUGCUCAUGCUCUUCACACACUGCGGAGUUUUCUGCCACCCAUUUACAGCCAAGGAGGCCAAACUCUCACCAAAAUCCAGACUUUACACUGUGCCAUCCAAUACAUUUCUGAGCUUUCCAUGUUGCUAGCACAAGGAAGACGUAAUAAUCCAGGACAUGGCAUGUGA